AUGUCGAGUCAUUCAAUCCCCAUCAUUGAUUUCGCUCCGUUCUUAGACGGAUCUGCGAAACAGCAGGCUGCAGAUCAGCUCCUCGGGUCAUUCAAAUCGUAUGGAUUCGUCUACCUCGCGAAUUUCGGUAUAUCGAACGAAGAGGUCCAAGAGAUGUUUGAUUUGUCGAAGCGCUUUUUUGCCCUUCCGCACGAAAGCAAAAUGCUCGCGCCUCAUCCGGACUCUGGAAUGCAUCAUCGAGGUUACUCCUUCCCCGGCCAGGAGAAAGAAUCCCAACUCCCGGAUUCGGGAGAUUCUGCCACUGAGGCUGACAUACCACUCCCAAGCGUGAAAGAGUCGUUCGACAUCGGGCGUGAGGACGAUGACUUGAUGCCAAACAUCUGGCCGCCCCAUCACAUCCUCCCCGGCUUCAAGGAAUCGUGUUUGGCGUUCUAUUGGAAGAAAUGCCAUGAGGUUGAGAAGAACAUCCUUCGCGCGCUCGCGCUGGGUUUCGGCUUGGAGGAGGAGUGGCUUGUGAGGUAUCAUGGGAUGCCAGAUAAUGGGCUGAGACUGCAACACUAUCCCAGCAUCCCCCUCGAAUCUGUCCUUACGAACAAGUCAAGUCUCCCCUUUCUUUUGUGUCCUUUCACGUCAUACAUCGAGGCUAACCCAAGGCAGGUCCUCUUUCAAGACAACGUGGGGGGCCUCGAAGUCGAGGAUCCGAAUGAGUCUGGGAGGUUUUUGACGGUACCGCCAAUUCCGAACUCGAUCAUCGUUAAUGCAGGGGAUUUCUUGCGGCGAUGGUCGAACGACAUGAUACGGAGCACGUUGCAUCGCGUCCGCGCACCGCCGGAUGCGGUCACGAAGAAUGGCAUGCUUCCAGAUCGAUAUUCUAUCCCCUACUUCUGUGCUGCCGACUUUUCCACAGUCGUUGAUUCGAUCCCUGGCACGUGGUCAGCAGAUUAUCCCAAGAAGUAUGAGCCCGUGUCGGUGGAAGAGUAUGUGUUGAAGCGGUUUGCCGCGGAUUAUUAA